AUGCCCAGAGUCUCGAGCCCCUGCUCCGCGGCUGAUGUGCAGUGCACGAAUGACAAAGUCAUGCAAGGAGCUGUGACAACAACACGUCGCACGAUGAAGAUCGCAGGCCUUGCACUUUUUGCCGUGGUUUUUACCUUUGCUUUCUUCGGCUGGCCCACAAAUUUGCUCGAAGAUGCCGCGACGCACCGGGCGGUUCUGGCUGCGCUGUUCAUCACCGGCAUCACGUUGGUCGCACUGGAAGAUGUGCUCCGACUUGACAAGUCUGCCAUCAUGCUCGUCCUGGCAUCCGUGAUGUGGACGUACCAUGCAGCGGGCAUCCACGCCAGAACUGUGGAAGGGCACCAUCUUCUUGAGGAGGAGCUGAUGAAGGGCCUCUUCGAGGUGGGGAGUGUCAUCCUGUUCCUGCUGCCCGCCAUGUGUGUGGUCGAGUCUAUUGACCACAUGAAUGGUUUUGCCGUCGUCACUGCUUUCAUCGUGCGCCACACGCAGGGCAAGCCCGGGCGGCUAAUGCCCAUCGUUUGUGUCAUCGCUUUCUUCUUGAGCGCGGUGAUUGACAACCUGACUGCCACCAUUGUGUGCAUCAAAAUCCUGCAGCGAGUGGUCCCUCACAGCCAGGACUGGCGACACAGCUGCGGCGGGGUCGUCGUUGUGGCAGCAAAUGCUGGAGGCGCCUGGAGUCCGAUCGGCGACGUGACCACCACUAUGCUGUGGAUUCAGCACAAGGUCUCUACCGGGGGGAUCGUCACUUGGACGUUUUUGCCCUCAUUGGUCGCUGGCUUCAUCCCCUUGUUCGGCAUCUGGUGGCAAGCUCGACGAUGUGGGCCGAAGCUUCAGGAAGCUUCAACGCAGUGUGAAACAGUGGUCCCGAGCCGAAACAGCAUCGUCGUUCUAGUCAUUGGCUUCGGCUGCAUCCUCAUGGUACCGGUGGUUAAGAUGGUCACGGGCCUGCCACCCUACUUGGGCAUGAUGAUGGCCUUGGGCUCCUUCUGGCUCGUGACGGAGAUCUGCGACUUGGGUGCGGAGGUGGCGGCGCAGGACGAGGAGGCCCCUGAGGACAAGGAGGGCCCGGCACACCACUCCCGAAAGGGAGUGCCGGCGGCGCUGCAUAAGGUGGACAUUAGCAGUUUGCUCUUCUUCACCGGCGUGCUUCUUGGCGUUGCCGUCUUGGAGGCCGCCGAAGUCCUGAGCCGCUACUCCACCUUCAUGCGUCAGGUCACUCUGGACAAUGAGCUGCUCCUCUCAGGGCUCCUGGGCGUCUCCUCCGCCGUCGUGGACAACGUCCCACUGGUCCAGGCAUCCAUUGAAAUGUUUGAGGAGCCAGUGGACCAUCCUUUGUGGCAGCUUGUCGCUUUGGGUGCUGGCACCGGUGGCUCCAUGCUUGCUGUCGGAAGUGUGGCAGGCGUGACGCUCAUGGGCUUGGAGGGGGUCGGCUUCCUUUGGUACGCCAAGCGCAUUUCCCCUUGGGCCGCCUUGGGCUUCGCACUCGGCCUUGCGACUUUUGCUGCGCAGCAAGAACUCCGUGCCCUUGCAUAG